GUUCAGAUGUUAGACAGUAAAAUGGAGUAAUGUUGUUGUGUCAUAAAUUUGUGGGUAUUGAGAUUUGAAAGAUGUAGGUCACGUGGAAUUUGAAAUUUUAAGUUUUGAGAAUGGAAUUUUGAAGGAUUGCUGGAGAAUGAUGGUGAGACAGUGGCUAAUAAUGCCGGAGAGACUUGAUUAUAGCAGGUCUAAAAUAUUUUUUAACAUGAAUUAAAAUGUGAAAAACGAAUAUGACAAUCUGCUGAAUUUAUUUCAGUCAAAGGAUUCUUCGUUGACAGAUUUCGUUAAAGUUUAGGAUGCAUGCAAUUGGGGCUGGUAUCGUUCAUCAACGGGAAAGUGCUUUAAAUCGCCACAGACAAAAUUUCAAUCUUGAAGAAUCGAGGUUGUCGAACAUCACAGCGAGAGAGGAAUGGAACGGGGUGGCGACCGUGGAGCCGGCGUUCAAGGAGAGUGUGGACCCUCGUAGGUGCACUCCUCACAUCAACGUGCACCAAGCCUUGGUGUACUUCCAGGGUUUGGACCUGUCGCAGGAGAUGUCUCACAUCAAGUCGGUUGCGGAACGAAGAGGCCUGUGCACUUUCCUGUUCUGCCUGCUGGGGCCGCCUCAGCUGGACGAACACCUGGUGCCGGAGCGAGACCUCGUCUUCGCCAUCACGCAGUGCAAGCUGGACCUGGAGAACCCCAUCCACUACCGCAUGCUGCAGACGGUCUACCAGAGACUCACGGGCACGCGACUCGACUGCAGCUGCUACGGCUCCCACUGGCAGCAGAUAGGCUUCCAGGGCAACGACCCGGGCACGGACCUGCGCGGCGUGGGCAUGCUGGGACUCCUGCAGCUGCUGUACCUGGCCGGCAGCCCGCACCUCAUGCCGCUGGCCCGCGACAUCUACCGCGUGUCCCUGGACGAGCAGCAGAACUUCCCGCUGGCCGUGCUCAGCCUCAACAUGACGCGCAUGGCGCUGCAGACGCUGCGCCAGGGCCUGCUCAACAGGGAGUGCAACGAACGCCAGAUGGUGGUGGAAGUGGUCAACGAGUUCUACGCCGCAAUAUUCUGCCACACCCUGCACAUCUGGACGUCGCAGCACAAGACAAUACGUGAUUCCGGUUACGUGCUCAAAGAUGUGGAGUGGUUCUGCCGGAGCAACGUGCGCUCCGUGCUGCGAAACUUCCACGCCCAGCUCAACUCGUACGCGUCGCACAGCCUGAAGGCGCACAACAGCACGCUCUGCCUUCAGGGGAGCUUCCACGACCUGCUCACUCAGGCCAAGACGGAGGUGUUCAUAUGAGGGGGGCGUUCCCCGCGGCAUCGAUCGUCCCACUUUCCCUUUGGUCCCUACAAUGUUCACCGAGUCGGGAUCGCUGAUCACACUUAACUUCAUGAAACUUACAAACAUUCUCGAGGAACUGGGGAUGGUUGUAUGGGCACACGGAUACAACUUAAGUUUUGAUAUUUUAAAAUGUUCCUUCAUGGGUCUUGGGUUAGUACGAGACGGCACGGCCAACCUCGGAGACGGGCGGGAAACAACCGGCAUUGGGCGAGUAGUUGUUUCCCCUCGCACACCUGAUAUUAUUAUUUUAUUGUGUGUCAGUCUUGUACGGGUAGCUGUUGCGAGUCGGCACGAUGUGCAGAACAUAAGAAAAUGCCAUCGUUUUUAUGGUGACAGGUAAUAAGUCACAGGGAAAUAUGGGAUUAUUCAAAACCAUGGCUCGUUGAACACCGGUUUGCUACACAGGACGGAAGUAAACUACCCUCUUUUAUCGCAUAAUCGUCGCACUCGCAUAAUCGUCGCAUCUACAUUUUUAGCUGUCAAAAUUGGGAUUAAAAAACUUCUCACGUAAAUGUCGCAUGAUGUUUUUAGUCCCGCUAUUAGAUGCCGAGCGCUAUGGUAGGUAUCAUUUCCGUAUAAAACGAUGUGUUUAAAAGUAGAAAUCUAAAUUUUUAUUCGGAAAUUACCACUUAUUUAAAUAACGGAAAUACUAAGUUGUCUGACGUGUAAAUUUCUUUUAAAGACAUUUUUAAACAUUAUCUUUAUCUGAUUGUCUGCGUCGCCGUGGUGUACUGCUUAUGAACAUGUAGCCAGCGCUAGUUGGCAUCAUUCGUGUUUGGUUAUGUUGCUUCUCGUAUAGAGUGCGCGCACGUAGUCGAAUAUCGAUAUCUCACCGAUUGCAUGCAACGCGUGCUCUCUGUGAAGUGCCGAGUUAACUACAUUUGACGGCCUGCAUUCUUUCGUGGCAAGCGCUAGUUCACUUCACAUUAUCAAGUGGCUUGCGUUCGCGUCACAGAUUUUGUUUUUCUAUUUAAAGUUGAAGAAAGGUUUUUGUUACAUGAAUUAUUAAUUAAAAUUGUUUGGCAUGCUCUUUUAAACUUUACUUUUUAAAUAAACGUACUUUCCAUGAAUGGGUUUUGUUUUCAUGAAUAACUUUACUUAACAAUUUUUUUUUUCCGCAUAAUCGUCGUACCCCUACUUUUCAAACUUGAUUUUAGAAUAAAAUGUGCGACGAUUAUGCGAGAAAACACGGUACAUGGCAGUUUUGUGUGUUGGAAAAUUGUGUUCAUAUUUUUGAGUUUAAGGGGAUCAAGAGUCUACGUAUUAGGUACAUGUAUACUUUUAGUGUUAAAAUAUAACACCAUAGUAUACAUGACAGGUUUGCUUCGGGUAUAGAAAACUAUGAAACCGGGAGAAAGUCAGGUAAACGAAAAAGGAUCAGGGAAUAUGGGAAAAAGUCCUCCCAUCUUUUUAGGCUGUCUGUAGGUCCUUUAAGUAUUUUUUUAUAACCUGAAACUCUUAAAUAAAACUUGUCACUUAUGAAAGGUACACUACCACUGCUUAUGAUUUUCCUAAUAACGUGGUUAAAGAGAAGGCUUAUAUCUAAUUUUUCAUAUUCAGCGGCCAUAAGUUGAGCCAUUAAUAAGUUAUUUUAAGUUGGUGAGUAAGAAUUAUUAUUGAAAAAAAUUCUGGCCCUUACCUGCAUGUGAAGUGUACUGGCCAGCCAUUUGUUGAAGGAGGUGUAUGCUGCCAUCUUUAAUAUUUACAGGAAUAUUUUCAGGAAGAAGAAACUUUAUAUGAUCUAAUUGGGUGGAUAUUAUAGUACUUAAAGAGUACUUGUAUGUCUGACAAAAAGCUUUCUCUUUUCUCGAAAAUAAAAUGAAUCCAGCUGUGAUAAAAUUAAGUAUUCAAUAGUACACACUUAUGUUCGGGACGUUUCAUUUGCCAAGAUAAUAGGAUAAUAGCAAGUUUACUGAAGACGUUAGUUGGCCAACAGUGUGAUAUUGCUAUAAACUGAGCUAAAAAAAAUUGUUAUGGUUAUGGUGUACAAAAACUUUGUAUGUUGUUUUAUCAGUUUCUGAUGUAGGAGAGUUAUCAUUUGAUGGCUAUUGCAAUAAUAAGGUGAAUCUCUUGGCGGUUGAAAAUAUAUAUUGAUCCAAAAAUUGCACUUUCUUCAGGAAAUAAUUUAGUUAGGUUUUUCUCUCUCUAUGAUACUACAGUGUAAUUUCGUCAUAAAUUCAUUUAAUUGGUCUAUCAUUACUUCAUAGAUAUUUUAACAUAGAACAUACUGUACUUUAACAAAACAAAUAUAAUAUGGAGUUCAGAACAUGUUUUAAAGGGUAUUUGUUUCUUAUAAAUAGGAAAUAGUUUCAGUAAAAAUGCUCAAUUGUAAAUUGUUGCCAAAAGUGUUGACAUGUGAAAUUUUUUUCUCUUAAAUGUUAACAUUAAAUUAUUCUAGGCAUUCUAGAUUUGUGUGGUGCGUGUUUGUGUGAAAAGUGUCGUUUUAUAGAAAAAAAUUAUUCUGUUCUGUUUUUUUUUUUUACUAAAUUUGGAGGGCACCACAGUCAUAGUUAUUCACUCUCUUACUGUUUUCUUGGUGUAUAGAAUUAUAUUUCUGUCUUUGUUACAUUUUGCUGAUUCACUUCUCAGACAAGGCUAAUUUGAAUUACUGCCAACAUACAGGUGGUGUGAUUGCACACAUGUUUUGUCAGUUUUGUGUGCUACUUUUUUUUUGCCUUGCAUUUGUAAGUUUUGAACACCAAUUGCUGAUCACCAAGUAACUGUGAACAGGUGUAUUUCCGUGGUUGUUGGUUGUUAACAUAAGCAGUGACUGUUGACUCAUGGCAUCCUAAUCUCGAUCAUGCAGGGCUGGACUGAGCUUCUAACUGAAUCAAACCGAGCUUGAGGGAAACCUUCAUUGCAUCAGAUCAAAUACUGCAAAGUAUUCUCGAGCCUAAGAAAGUUUGAAGAUUGGUUACCUUAUUUGGUGGAGCAGGGCGGGUGACUGUUUUGUUGUUGACUUCAAAAAGGUUGUUUUACUCAUUAUCAGGAAUCAUAUUUUCAAUGAUGAUCUACUGAUCUUUAUAAAAAAUUACAUGCAGUAAAUCCCUGUUUAGAAGUUUCUCAAAAGUACUUAGAAAUUUAAACUUUUUAGAAGGUAAAUCUUAUUUAAAGGGUAAAAUUGUAUGUAUUUAUAAGUUCAGUACUAAUUUUUUUAAACUUUAUAGUUGAAAUGCAGGAAAAUUCGUUUGGCAGAAUUUUAUUGAGUUUUAAAGUAUAAUGUACACGGAUGAAAAAUAAAUUAUGUGUGGUAUGUUUCUUUAUUUUUAAAUUUGUUACCAUUUGUGUGUUGUGGAAAAGGGGGGGGGGGGG